AUUUUCGAGCAAAAACGAUGCUCUCAACGUGUUUGUGAAAAGUCCUCUUCAUACUUCACAAUCCUUUUGUCUUUUCUUUUGGUGAUUUUCGAGCAAAGUGGGUGUGCAUACUUUUUUAAUCAUUUGAUUUGGCAUUGCAAGUUUUCAGAUUCAAGUGUUUUGGGGUCUUUUACCCGUAUUUUGUUGGUUUCAUAGAAUCCAUCCGAAGUACAUCCAUACCCAUAUGGUCAUUUUUUUAAAGCAUUGCAUAGAAAAACUCAUCAUUUUCUUUCGGAUCCAAAGGUAGAAACAAAACAAGUAUAAUUUAAAAGUGUACUUAUGGUAAUGGAGUUGAAUUUUAACACUCUCAACAGUCAACUACUCCUGUCAUAGUUUUGACGCUGGUGGAGUGGAGUAGACUGGUUGUUUCAAGUUUAAAUUUUUACCGACAGUACAGUAGGUGCCAAGGAGAAGUCCAAAGCUACUGGACAUUUGUACAGAAAAAAAGAAUGGAUUUUUGUAUAUACAUAUUUUUUUCCAAGGCGAUUGAGAUUUAAGAAGAGGCAACUAGGCAAGGUAAGCUAGCUACCUAAUGGCGUUCCACAGAAUCAGCCAAAAAAGAGAAAAGGAACGUAGAAAAAGAAGCAAAAAGGUAAGACCCCAGAAAAUGAGGUGAGGCGUAAGAUCUUCUGGUUUCGUUUCCGUCGCGUCCCUCUCAGUCCCAUGUCACCACGUCUCUCUCUAUCUGUAAAGUCGACGUCUUAUAUGAUCCCAAUUUUCUAAGCUGUCUCUGUACCAUUGAGCAAUAAACGCGGGCGAGCUUUCCUUCUUCUUCUUCUUCUUCUUCUUCUUCCUCCUAUUCUCAGUCAAUUUUACGCUCUACUUGUUCUCUUCGCAUCAAAGAUUCUUAUUCUUUUCCUUUUAUGAUUGGCCUCUUUUCACUUUGGCUGCAUCUUACUUGGAGUUUGCUCUUCCUCCGUUCUUAGAUCUGGCAAUGACACUUUCCAAUUUGUUCUGCCAUUUGUAUUCUUAAAGCCCUCUUCUUCACGCAUCCGAGGCUGACUGAUCGCGACUUGGUAGCCGCUUUGACGAGGGAUUGAUGAAUAUUGAGGUGCCAUGGAGAUGAGAAUGAAGAAGUACAACCAACUCAGUCCCGAGAGGGCUAAGGUGUGGACUGAGAAAUCGCCCAAAUAUCUACAGGUUCGGAAGGUGCCUGUAAUUUACUAUCUAUGCAGAAAUAGGCAGCUGGAGCAUCCUCAUUUCAUGGAAGUUCCACUCUCAUCCUCUGAGGGACUAUACUUGAGAGAUGUGAUUAACAGGCUUAACGUUCUCAGAGGAAGAGGCAUGGCUACCUUAUACUCUUGGUCUUGUAAGAGAAGCUACAAGAAUGGAUUUGUUUGGCAUGAUCUCUGUGAAGAUGACCUAAUUCUUCCGGCUCACGGAAAUGAGUACGUUCUCAAAGGCUCCGAGCUGUUUGAAGAGUCCACUUCUAGUAAAGACCAUUUCAGCUCCAUUGGCAAUGUGAAUAUUCAGCCACUGAAGCAAUUACCUGAUCCAGCAUCUUCCCAGAGUCAGGACGAUUCUUCAUCGUCAUCAAGCAUGACCGGAAAAGAAAUGAAAAAUUCUCAAGAAGAUGACCUCUCGCUGUCUGUCCUUCGGCCUGGUUCAUCAAGCAUGUCUCCAGAUUCUGGAGGUGGAAAGAAUUCAUGGGGUGGUUGUCUUAGCUUGACAGAAUACAAGGUGUACAAGACUGAUGGCUUGUCUGAUGCAUCGACUCAGACUGAAGAAAAUAUUAGCAGACCUAAAACACGAGAAACUUGUACAAGGGGAGUUUCAACGGAUGAUGGGUCCCUAGAACUAGAUUGUAGCCAGAUUCUUAACAAUGCGGCUUCAAAUCAAAAGAAAAACUACGAUGCUCCUCAGGAUUCAGUUUCUCCGCCCACAUUGUCCUCUAGUGCUUCCUCCUCAGGUGGGAAAACUGAAACGUUAGAGUCUCUUAUCAGAGCUGAUGCCAGUAAAAUCAACAGCUUUAGGAUUCUUGAAGAAGAAGAAAUUCGGAUGCCAACCAAUGCAAGACUCAAGGCUACAAAUGUGUUAAUGCAACUUAUAUCCUGUGGAUCAAUAUCAGUCAAGGAUCACAGUUUCGGACUCAUUCCAUCGUACAAGCCAAGGUUUUCUCACACCAAGUUUCCCUCUCCAUUAUUCUCUACUACAGUGAUGUUGGGAGAACUCAACUGCCUGUCUGAGAAUCCUAGGAUGAUGGGCUUGAGGUUGGAAGACAAGGAAUAUUUCAGUGGUAGCUUGAUCGAGACUAAAAUGCUGCAAGCGGAUGGGCUGUCAACUCUAAAACGAUCAUCUUCAUACAAUGCUGACAGGACAUGUAAGCAAUUGAGUUCAACUGAAGACAAGGAUCAGGCAACCUCUAGUCGCUCCAAGUGCAUUCCCCGGGCUAUUAAAGCUUCACUAAGCAAGCAGACACGCAACGAGCCAAUGAAGUCUCCUUCUUCUGAUAGACCAAGAACUUCUUCUGAUGGCGUUGAUAGCUCUCGGAACAUAAGCCCUACUACCUCCAAUGAUAGCAGCAAAAGGAUUACAGAGCCUUUCUCCGGAAGGAAACAGUCUAAGAAGCUAGAUUCCUUUCGAGAAGAGGAAGAGGAUGUGAUCAAGAUCGAAGAAAGCUUGCUUCAGGAGCUCGGGUUAUAAUCUGGUCGAAAUCGACUUGCAAUACCACGGAUGUUGGCAGUACUUAGAGCACAUUAUGAACAACCAAUGGAUGCCUCAUCUUUCGGCCAAGUUGAAAAAGCUCGUUCCCUCCAAGAUCUUACUUUUGAUCAGAUCUACAUCGAAAUUCAAUUGAUGUUGAUAAUUUGUUGGUGGGGCCUUGGUGAUUCUGUAUAUCUCUCAAGUGUAAAAAGGGGGAAAACCAACAGUCUUCAGCUAGAAGAGGGGCGCGCAGUUUGGCCUUGGACCAAGUCAGAGAUUUUUUGAGUUGGUUGGCUUUUGCUUGUCAGGUCAGCUAAAUAUUAAAUGAUAAAAUUGUAACUUUGCUUUAAACUACAGUUACCAUCCCUUCUUUUGAUGAUCCCUUCUUUAGCUUUAGAAUAGUUCCUGCAGGCAGAAUCUGUAACAAAAAAAAAGAAAAAAAAAAGGCUAGGGAAGAGUGUCACCCCUUUUAAUAUAUUAUUUAUAAUUAUUUACUUC